GACAGCGUGGCUGAACCCACUGAUGAUGUUCAGGCUAGGCCACAGGACAUCCAACCUCUGAUCAAAGAGGCCACUCUCCUUCUCAAGGAGCCUCUGGAGACAAUGGCAGGCCCCUUACGCACCUACAGAAAAAGAAUACAGUUCAUGACGAGGAAAAUAAAAGAAGUGGAUCUUGAGGCUCUCGCUCCCUCCCCAGAAUGUCCAGCUGAGCAGUUACAGAAACUGAAGUUUGCUAUACCUGAAGUGAUGCAGACCUUGUUUGAGGCAGAACAGGUGUGUGCAGAGCUGCAGCACAGUGUGUCAGGGCUGGACAGUCGCCUGGCUGAACUCCUGCAUUGGGAGUCUGAGGCUCGGGAGCUCUACCAGCUGCUGAGGGCCGCAGAGCGACAACCUCAGCGGGGCCAGAACCCACGAGCCAGUGUUCUGAUAUCCCGUGGUCUGCAGCUGGAGGGUCAGGUGGUCACAGAGGAGCAGGACCUGCAGAUGAUGGUGAUGACGAGUCAGAAGAACUCUCCCAUGCAGUACCUCCAUGCCUCCGCCAUGCAGGACCGAGUGCGAGCCGCUGUUGCACAGUCACAGGAAGCUGUAGGUAUGCUGAGCAGCCUGGGAGCCAGACGAGACAGAAGCAGAAGCCCACCAGAAGGGUCUCCUCCAUCAAAAGUAUUUAAACAGGCUAAAGAAAAGCCUCAACAUCUGAGACAGUCAGAAUCAGUCUCAUGGUCAACUAAACAGCCUGAGAAAGAGUUAGUUCAGAGUCAUGGAACCUUUGUGCCAAAGAUAGUGGUGCAGGAAUACAGAGAAACAAAGGUGACUUCUCCUCCAUUGCCAUAUAGCUACGCAGAAGCUUUGAUGCAGACCAGGACAAAGUCACCACCAGAAGUCCAGCAUCAGGCCUGGACGGAGAAAACUUUACAAAAGCAGCAGCAGACUCUGGAACAUGGAUCGAUACAGCAGCAACAGCUAAUGCAGCAGCAACAGCAACAACAAGAAUUGCAACAGCAAGAGCCGAUGCAAACACUACCACAACUACAACAGCCGAAGCAAAAAAAACAACAGGUGGAGCAGCAGGUGGAAGUGGUAAUAGACAGACAAACACCAGAUCCCCACGAUCAGACUUCAUUUCAACAAGCACCUUCAAAGAAACCUCUUCCAAGCAACCAGGAGCUUCAAAGCAGGAAAACCCAGGCCUUAAAGAAUCGGCCUUGGCUUCAGAAGCCAGCCUCAGGAGAGCAUACAACGCCAGAACCGGAUUCAACUCAGGAAACAACUGCACCAAGACAGACUCAGCCACAGUCAGACAAGGAAACAGCAAGAACCGUUCAGGUUGUUUCACAGCAAACGAACAGAGGCAACAACAAAAAACGCAAAGUCAAGAGCAACAACAACCACAACAACAACUGGAGCAACAGAGAACUAUUGCUGCAACUAUUGCUGCAACAACAACAACAACAACAACAACAGGAAAAGCAACCACAGCCUAUUGUAGGACAGGCUCAACCAGAUUCAGACUCCAAGGCUAAAUCCCAGUCUGUUGCUAUGGUUCUGCCUCACCCUCAAGGAAAAGCCCAAAUUCAGUCACAAACCAAAACUAUGGUUCAGUCUAAAUCCCAGCCAGUGGUCCAAAUGCAGUCCACAAGUGUUUCCCACAGCACCACAGACAGUGAGCAACAACUGCGGACCAUGUCUGAAACCAAAGUGAGCCAAGGUCAGUCACAGACACAAGGUCUGCUACAGUCCCAUGGUCUCAUAAAGACACAGGUUCAGACUCAGUCCCAAACAUAUGCCUCAGCUGGAUCUCAGAUGUCCCUGCAGCCACAAGGUGUAGCUCAUGGCCCGACUGUAGCUCAGGUACAGGCGCUAGCUCAAGUCAGACCUUCUUCCCCUAUGCAAGCCCCCCUGCAAGGCCAAAUUCAGUAUCCUGUACCAUCCCACAUUCAGCUUCGCAGUCAUUCACAGUCGUGGGCUCCUGUAAGGACACCCUCACCUAAACCACCAACACCAUCACAAACUCAAACCCAUUCCCAGUCUAUGGCCCAGUUCCCAACAUAUCCUCAGUCAAUGCCCCAGCCUCAAAUCCAUCCUCAGUCAAUGCCCCAGCCUCAAAUCCAUCCUCAGUCAAUGCCCCAGCCUCAAAUCCAUUCUCAGUCAAUGCCCCAGUCCCAAACACAUCCUCAGUCAAUGGCCCAGCCUCAAAUCCAUCCUCAGUCAAUGGCCCAGCCUCAAAUCCAUCCUCAGUCAAUGCCCCAGUCCCAAACACAUCCUCAGUCAAUGCCCCAGUCCCCAACACAGCCUCAGUCAAUGCCCCAGUCCCCAACAUAUCAUCAGUCAAUGCCCCAGUCCCCAACAUAUCAUCAGUCAAUGCCUCAGCCUCAAAUUCAUCCUCAGUCAAUGCCCCAUCCUCAAAUCCAUCCUCAGUCAAUGCCCCUGCCUCAAAUCCAUCCUCAGUCCAUGCCCCAGUCCCCAACACAGCCUCAGGCAAUGCCCCAGCCUAAAAUCCAUCCUCAGGCAAUGCCCCCGUCUCAGGCCCAUGCUCAGUCCAUGGUCCAUAUUCAAACUUAUCCUCAGCCAAAGACCCAGUCUCAGUCGACAGCACAGGUUCAGGUCCAUCCUCAACCAAUGGCCAGGCCAAGUCAUGUCCAUUCUCCAACUCAACAUCAAGCCCAAGCUCAACCUCUACCCCUAGGCCAGACUCAGGGUCGUUCUCAGCCUAUGCCUCCGUAUCCCACACAUGCUCAGCCAGAGGUCCAGCACCAAGUCCCUAUGUCCCAGGGGCAAAUCCACGCUUGGACCCAAGCUAGAGUCUCAUCCCCAAUGUCUGCCCAGCAUCCACAGGCAACAGCACAACCUCCUUCUUACCCCCCAGCUUACCCCCCAGCUUACCCACAGGCUCAGUCUCCUUCCCAGCAGUGGACAUCCAAACUAGAGCCUCAAAACCAACCCAAUACCCAGCAGAGGCAUCCAAUAUCCCCACCAUAUCCUCCACAAAUGGGUCAAAUUCCACAGUCUCAGGCUUAUCCAACAAUUCAGGCUCUACCGCAGUCGCCCCAACCUGGACCACAGCAGGGACCUCAGGCUGUGUCCAUUGGGUUUUCUCACAUGGGGCCAUCAUAUGCUCGUCAUGUGCAAACACAGCCACAACACUGGCCUCAAUCCCAACCCCAGGUGAGUCCCCAGACUGCCAUGCAACAACAACAGACUUGGGUUCAGGCAUCGCCUCAAAUUCCGCCUUAUCCAGUGCCUUAUCCUCAGCCUUAUCCCCAGCCUCAAACUCAGCAAUAUUCACAGGUUCAGCAUCAAACUCAGCUUAACCCUCAGCCUCAGAUGCAAGCUCAGGCACCUCCCCUAUCACAACCACCACAUCAAGCUCAUCCACAGCUUAAACCCCAGCUGCAGGCCCAGUCCCAAACAAACAUCCAGCGACAGCCAUUAGUACAAGCAAAGCCCCAGGCCCAGACUCAGCAGCCACCUCCACAGCCCAGACAUCAGGCCCAGCUCCAAUCACAGCAGAAGAUUCCAACUCAACCAAAGGGUGAAUCGUCUCAACAGUCCAAACCUUUGGCCCCAUUAGCACCAUAUCCAGAUGUUCAAUCACCAACUCAACCUAAGGUUCAGUCACCAACCAAACCCAAGGCUGAACCAAUGCCACAACCCCUUCCUGUGCCCCAGUUACCACCUCAAUCCAUGGAUCGUUCAUCAAUCAAGUCCGAAACACCACCACAACCAAAACCACAGGCCCAAACAGCACCACUACAUAAAGCUCAAUCAGCAACUCAACCCAAGGUUCAGUCAACAAUACAACCCAAGUCUGAAUCAUCACCAAAGGCCCAAACAGCAAAACAAACUGAAGCUCAGUCACCAACCCAACCUAAAGCCCAAUCAUUUCAACAACCCAAAACCCAGGAACAAUUUCCACCACAGCUUCAAUUUCAAGCUCAUUCACCCCCACUACCCAAGUCCCAAACUGGACCACAAUCUAAGGCCCAAUCACCCCCACAGGCUAGACCUCAACAGCCGCAAACCAUUCUCCUCUCCCAGGUCAAUGUUCGGCCUGAGUCUAUGCCGGACUCACCAGACCUGUUCAUUAAACCUCCCGCCCUGGCCCAGGCACCUGCCCAGGCCUACACGGAGGCUUACGCUAAGGCCCAGGCAUUGGCCAGAAACGGAUUUGAGGAAGCAAAGCACUGUCUGCAGGAACACAUCCUGGAAACCAUCAACGUUUUUAGAGACAAGUGUUUAUCGGCCGAGCAAGCAUCAGUGAAAGAGGAGACUCUAAAGACCCUGGACCCAGAGUUGCUGGAAGAGUUCCUGAGAGCAGCAAAGGGCAUGGAGGCCUUUUGUACACCGCCACAGCUCAGAGACAUGGAGUUUUUCACCCAGUCUAUCAGAACACAGUGGGAGGCUGUGAGAGCUGAUAUCUCAGGCUUUUUGCAACAAUUACGUUUUGAAGUAACAAGGAAAGAGUUUAACAAAGCCGCCUUGCAGUGUGAGAUGCACUUAAGCUCCGCCUUAGAAAACCAAGCGCAGGCCUGUUUCUCAGCGGAGGGCAGCUUUGCCCAGGCAGGGCAGCACCUGGAGGCCUUGAAGGAGCUGUGUGACACCCUGAGCCCCGAGGACGCUCACUGCCUGGCCCAGACUCAGCUGAGGGAGUGCGAGACAAGGCUGGCUGAUAUCCAGAGACAGUUCAGUGGAGACCAAGACUCAUCCCUCCCUGAUUCUAGGAUUCCUGUUGCCUUCAGUGACGAUGCGACCACACAGAAGGAGCCUAAAAGGCCCAGUGACAAACCUCAGGUCUCAGCUGAGGUCUCUCAAGUGACAAUGAAGACAGUCGUUCUUGAGAAGAGGGAGGUGGAAAAGCAGGCAUCUGUAGAGGAAGAAGUCAGCAAAAAGGAGGCUUUAGAAAGAUAUGAGAAUUGUAAAAGGCCUUUGCAAGCCCAGCUGGCCAAAAUUGAGCAGAGCAUCAAGGAUGUUCCCUCUGACUCCGUAUCUCUGAAAGGCCUGCAUACGCGGCUCCAGGAAAUACAGUUCUUGAGGCAGGAGACAGAGUCUCUGUGGUCUGAGUUUGCAAACCAGUGCUCCCAGUGUUCCCAGUUGAGCGGCAACUCUGGUCUGGAGCAGCAGAAGGCAGGGCUGCAGGAUCAGUGGCGCGGACAACAGUCCAAACUCCAGCGGAGGGGCAGCUCGCUGGGCGCCGCCCUCAGGCAGAUCGACUCCACAGAGAACCACAUGGUGGACUUCACCGACCGCCUGGACCGCUACCUGAGGCAGCCCAAAGACAUCACCGUUUUCACACCGGCCAACAGCAACAUACUCAAAGACAUCAAGGAACUGGAUGACAACAUCCAGAGCGAGCUGGACCAGCUGUCCCGUCUGGACCCUGAGUCCAGCGAUCUGGACCCCAGAGACUGCUUCCCUUUGUCCCGGGAGGUGGAGACUCACAGAAGCAGCCUGGAUCAGCUUCGUCAGCAGGUCCGGAAGAGCGAAGCCGCCGCCCGCGCCCUUGACCGCUUCCUCAUGUCUCUGCGUACUGUGGACGAAGACAUCUCUGGAGUCCAAGGCGCCCCCUGCAGUGACACAGUGAUCCUGCAGGACUGUCGCUCCAAGCUGGCUCUGAUCCGGCAGAGCGUGGACAGUCUGAAAGAGAAGGCGCCUCAGCUGGACGCGCUCCUGCAGGGGGCCAGGCUAACGGUCACCAGGGAUGGUGCCCCAGCCUCCUGCCUGGACAUGGUGACCGCUCUGGUCAGGAGGCUGGAGGAGGCUGACAGUGGCCUUGCCAGCCAGCAGAAAGGGCUGCAGAAGGAGACACAGAGCAGAUCGCUAGGCCUGAGGAAGAGGACACUGCUGGGGGAUCUGAGGAAACUACAGGAAACCAUUGAAGCACAGGGCCUGAAGGAGCCCACCAUGCCGGCUGUGCAACACAGGCUUCGGGCCCUGUCGGAUCUGGAGGGUCAGGUGCAGGCUGUGCAAGCAGAGCUACAGAACCUCCAUGAACUUCAAGAUCAACAGGGAGGAGGAGAGGAACUCCUUCAGGAGCUGGACACUCAGUGGAAGGAUACUCAGAGAGCAUUUAAAGACAGGAAGAAGCAGUGCAGCAUCCUGCUGGAGCUCCUGAAGAAAUUCCAGGCCUGCCGCAGUCAGUUGAGCAGCACCAUGCAGAAAGCUGAGCAGACCAUCAGUGAUCAGGCCUCCUACCUGGGCAAGGAAAACCUGCAGAGAAACAUUACCAUGGUCUCUAAUAUUAAGGAGGGGCUCGGUGGUGUUGGGGAGCGAAUGGAGGAGAUGAAGGGUGUUUGCAGACAGCUGCAGUCCCAACUGAAAAACUUCCCAGACUGCAGUGAGACCCCCUUCGAAGCUGAGGCUGACACACUCCUGGACAACUGGCUGGAUAUGACGGAGAAGACGGAUGCCUACAUAGAUAACCUGCAGGUGGGGCAGGAGCUAUGGGAGAAGCAGCUGAUGCUGGGGGGAGAGGUGGACAGCUGGGCUGGGGCCAAACUGGCCCUAUUUGCAGAAAGCCAUCACUUCCAAAGCGAGCAACAAGUGCUUGCCAUGAAGGAUGAAAUCCAUGCUAAUGAGGAGAACAUUGAGCACUUCCACAAGAAGUCUGUAGAGAUCCAGGCGAUGCUGCAGGGUAAGGAAGCGCCACUGGAGCUGCAGGUGAUGGAAACCCAGCUGAGGAAGAGGAUGGAGCAGGUGAAGGAGCUGUUUGCCGACUGCUCCGACGUCUUUGAGGAACUGGUAGCUGUGAAGAAACACCUCUCUGAGAAGGUGGAGGAGUGCCAGUCAGCUGUGGAGGGCAUCCAGUGUUCUCUCAGUAGUGUGGACGCGUCACAACCAAAGGCCGAAGAGCAGAUACAGCAUCUGUGUGAUGACCUGGAGUCUCAGGAGGAGCAGGCGGAGGUGGCUCUGACAGAGGUGGGUCUGGUUUCCAGUGUAGCCAGCCCUCAGGUGCUGGAGGCGCUGUCUGUGGACUGCACCCGGCUGAAGGAGGCCAUCUCCCGCACCAGGGACAUGAUCCACCUGAAGAGAGAGGAAAGAGACAAAGGCCUUCUCAAGGUCAUCACAGUUGAAAAGCAGUUGUUUGAGGAGUGGUUCCAGAACUUGCAGCUGUCCGUCAAUGAAUGUUUUGAGCACCCCGAGAGCAGAGCAGACGUGGAAACGUUCCUCCAAAGACUUGCUAGUUUCUUGAAGUCCAAGGAUGCAGAGAGACGUCUGGAUCAGCUGAAGGACCAGCGUGAGAGAGGCAGCCAGCAGCUUCCUCCCCAGCAGCUCUCUGAGUUCACUGAUUGGCUGAAAGAGCAGCAGAAGGAGGUCGCUACGUUCAGAACGCACUGCCAGAACCGGCAGGAACAAAUGGAGCCGCUCCUCAGAGACCUGAACAGUCUGCAGAAGCAACACGACAGCUUCCGUGAGUGGCUGCAGUACAAAGAAAAACAUGCGGUGGAGUCGGAAAAAAUCAAGCUUUUUCUUAAAGACCUUCAAGAUGAGAGUGGUAGAGCUGAGACCCUCGCUGAGCUUUUAGCAUCCAUACGCAAACAAGGCGUCCGAGCUGAGAGCCUCCUGAAGGACAGUGAUAACCUGAUACAGCGCUACAGGAACCUGGUAGCCAGGCUGCAAAAACAGGCCGAGGCUCAGGGCGCCAUGCUGGGGAAACUGGAGGAGUUUAACAGCCAGGCGAAGAGCACCAGGAGCUGGAUCACUGACCUCAUGAAACCCCUCACCUCUCCUGGCUCACAGACAGAGGACCUGAAGCGCAAAGCACAGGCCAUCCUGACCUCCAAGCCUGAGGGAGACUCUGAAGUGAACAACCUGAGAAGACAAAGUGAAACUCUGUGUGCGCAGGAGGACCUGGAUAAAGGCAGGAAACAGGAAGUCCAGCAGACAGUCAAAGAAACAGAGGAGCAGUGGAGGGCGGCUCUGCAGACCGCUGAGAAGAAUCUCAACCAGGCUGAAAAACAGGCUCUGCUAGAGAAGGACUUGGACGCUGUCAAAACCCAGAACGAAAGCGUUCAGUCCUGGAUCAGAGACCAGCAGCAGAACCUGCAGUCGCUCGGUGGUUGCAUGCAAGUUGAAGAAAAACUCCAGAUUGCAAAAGCUACUCUGAGCUCCAAACCGGAUGGAGAUGCAAAGCUCCAGGAUCUGAAGCGACAAUGCCAGAGUGUGUGUGAGAACCAGGGCUUGGACGAGAGCAGACGACGAGAGGUUCAGGACGCAGUCAGACAAAGCGAGGAGCAGUGGAGGAAAGUCUUACAGGCUGCAGAGGAGGGUCUCAAGAAGGCAGAGACUGAAGCUGCCACUGGAAAGGACUUCGAUGUUUUCAAAACCCAAAAUGAAAGCAUCCAGUCCUGGAUCAAAGAGCAGAAGCAGAAGCUGCUGUCCCUCGGUGGUCAAAUGCCUCUUGAAGAGCGGCUACAGGUCGCACAGGCUGUUAUAAACUCCAAACCUGAGGGAGAGUCCAAGCUGCUCGCCCUGAAGACACAAGCUGAAGCUCUGUGUGAGCAUCUGGAGGAGAGCAGGAAGGCAGAGGUUCAGCAGUUGGUAAAAGACUCAGAGCAGCAGUGGAGGAACGUUGUGCAGGCCGCCAGGCAGGCAGAGCUCCGCAGUCUGACGGACGACUUUGAUACUCAGAGUAAAAACACUCAGUCCUGGAUCAGAGACAGGCAGCAGAAGCUCCAGUCUGUGGGAGCUCACACUCCACCUGAUGAGAGAUGUCACACAGCGCAGGACAUCUUGAGCUCCAAACCUGAAGGCGACUGUACGGUAAACAACCUGAGGAGGCGGGCCCAGGGUCUGUGUGACCAUCCGGACGCAGACCAGGGCAGGAAAGUCCACGUUCAGAAGACAAUCAGAGACACAGAGGAGCAGUGGAAGACCGUCCUGCAGGCUGCCAAACAGGUGGAGGCUGCUGCAGGAGCCGAGAUCUCACAGAAGACUGAGAAGAGAACGCUGGAGUUGAAAGAAUUCGAAACCCAGCAACACGACACUGUCCGCUGGCUCACAGACUUCCAACAGCAACUGGACUCACUGAAGAGCCAAACCAAACCCAAGGACCGACUGCAAUCUGCUCAGGCCGUUAUCAGCUCUAAGACCAAAGGAGACUCGAUGCUCCAGGAGCUCAAGAGACAAAGCCAGAUUCUGUGUGGGCAGGACCUUGAGGAACCCACAAAACAAGAGGUUCAGCAGAAAGUAAGAGGUGCUGAGGAGCAGUUGGUGAAAGUCCUGCAGAGUGCUAAACAGGCCCAGGAUCAGGCUGAGAAGCAGUGUGCUCUGGAGGGAGAGCUGAAGGAAUAUGAAGCUCUGAAAGAAGACACCAAAGCCUGGCUGGAAGAAAAGCAGAAGAGCCUCGUCUCUCUGGAUGUUCAGGCAGAUCCAGAAAGAACAAUCACCACUGCACAGACUAUCCUGAGCUGUAAGCCUGAGGGAGACUCCAAGCUGACUAAACUGAGGAAACGGAGCCAGAGUCUGUCAGACCAGGAGGAUCUGGAGGAGACGUUAAGACAAGACACUCAGCAGACAGUGAAGGAGUCGGAGGAGCAGUGGAGGACCGUCCUGGAGACCGCCGAGAACACUCUGAAGAAAGCUGAGGUCCAUUACUCGCUCUCCAGGGAGCUGGAGGCUUUCCGCAGCAAAGCAGGGAGCACCAAAGCGUGGGUGAAAAAGCUGCAGCAGCAGGCCGACUCCAAGGGCAGCGGCACUCAGGGCAGCCGGGCUGAGAUAGAGGACAGACUGAACACAGCACAGGCUAUUUUGAGCUCCAAGUCGAAGGGAGAAGCUCAGGUGAUGGAGCUGAAGAGGCGAGUGGAGAGUCUGUGUGAGCAGGAAGAUCUGCAGGGAGACAAGAAACUGGAGGUCCAGAAGAUGGUCCAAGACACUGAGCAGCAGUGGAGGACGGUCCUGCAGGCUGCCGAGGACACACAGAGGCAGCUGAAGGGUGUUGUGGAGCGCCUGGGGUCCUGUCAGUACCAGCAAGGCCAGGCUGAGGCCCGUCUGUCUGAGUAUCAGAAGCAGACCUCCGGCCUUCCGAGGGUCUUCCCCUGGCCCGGCCUGGGAGAGCGGAGGCAGGCGGUGGAACAGGCCCGCACCCUGCUGGAGCAAAGCACAGCUCUGGCCCCCGUCCUCUCUAACCUCCGCACCCAGGCUACCGAGCUGUUUGAGAUCACACAGGACAUUGGCUGGUCAGAUCAAUCAGCGACAGACAAGGAGAAGUCCAUUCCUCCUCUGCUGAAAGAGCUCACUGAAGCGGUAGCAAACCUGGAGCAGGGCAUGGUGACGGAGAGGCAGUGCACCCAGCUGGUGGAGCAGCAUGUAGCAGCUCAGGAUUGGCUGAGGGAGCACGUUAAAGGCCUGGGAGCCCCUCCUGCAGACAGAAAGGGUCUACACAACACUGUCAACACUCUAAAGGCUUUACUCCAGACAGUGGAUAGAGAGCAGAGGGAGAUGAAGGAGCUGGACUCUGCCAGAGACAGUUUGCUGAGCCUCUGCUCCCCUGGAGGUCGGGAUGCCCUUACCCUGGAGGUCAGCCAUCUCCACGACCUCUGUGCCACCUCGGAGCGGGAGGUUAGGGAGCGCCUGGCGGCCUGUGAGGUUCGGCUGGAGGAGCAGGAUAGUCAAGUGGCCAAGAAGGCCCAGGGGCUGAAGGAUAAAGCUGCAGUGCUGCAGUGGGAGCUCCGCUCUCUGGACCAGGCGCUCAGCUACAGCGAACCGCAGAACAACAUCGAUCAGCUCCAACAGCACUGGAACAGCCUCCAG